UUAGAGGUGGAAUUCAAUUGUCUCCCGUUCAAUAUAAAGCAAAGUUUUCGCAAAAAAUACAAAUUGGUAACUGGAAAUGAAGGUUUUCUUCUGGAUAUUUGUUAUUUUGUGUUUGGUGAAUCCAGAACUGAUAUUGGCAAAAUUAUAUGGCUCUCCAAACUUUAUUGAAACGAAUACAUACGUAACGGAAAAAUCCACUCUACUUGAAUUCCAUGUAAAACUGUUACACAUGGUAGAGGAUUGUGUGCAAGAGCUCGGACUUCGAAAUGAACCGUUAGCGGUAAAACGUAGCAAAAUUGUAUGCAUUGCUGAGUGUAUUGGGAGAAAAAGUCACAUGAUUGACCGUUAUGGUAAUUUGAAUCAUGAUGGAUAUCGCAACUUUGUAAAUGAUAUGCCUUUGAAUGGUGCACAAAGAGCCGUGGCUGAAGAUGUUGUGAAGAAAUGCAUUAGUGACAUUGAAAUGUUUCCCAACAAAAUCCAUGAAGCAACUGGUUGCAAUGUGAUUCCAGCUCAUGCAAUGGUAUGCGUUCAAAAGCCUUUCCGCGCAUUACAAUGAAUUGGAUACAUAAGAAUGAUCAAAAGACGACGACGUAAAUUGAAAGUUUCUAAUCCGUUUUUUAUGGAAUUUCACAAAAAAUAUUUCCCAAUAGAAGCCACCCUUGACAUCACGCCAAGAUUUCACACCACAUUCAUUCUAACAAAAAGUGCUCUUGCGCUUAAAAUACAUCAGGUUUCUUUUUAAAUUGGAGAAAAAUAAAACACACAUAUUG